AUGGAUGUAGCAAGUGGACAACAAGUUGUAUCAAAAAUGUCGCCAUCACAGAUUGAAAUGUUUAGUGAUCAUAAGCAAGUGAAACAAAUUGACGGAGGUCAAACUAAAUUACCAAUGAAAAGAUCUUUUGAUGUUGCAUUUCUUAUGUUACCGGAUGAUAAAUCAAAGCGAAGGGAAAAAGCAAAUAAUUCACCUGAGUUGAAUGUUGAAAGUUUUCCAAUGACUGAGUUGAGUGUCAGAAGUGAUCUUAUGACUCGCUAUCAUAACUUAAAAUCGAUGAAUAAUAACAAAGUUUUUAUCAGCAGUGAUUAUGUUAAUAAAGUGAAUGACGAUCGAUUUAGUUCGGGAUCUUUAAACAGCACAGCAUCGUCAGAGAAAAGUGAUGAAAUUAUUGAAAAUGAUUUGCCACGAAGUGCUUUCUCGAAAGUUCCACAAAUUAAUAAUAAUCUCGAUUCUCCUGUUCCACCGCCAUUGUCACCAGAUCAACUUAGUUGUUCAUCAGCAAGUCCACCAAUUUCUUAUAGUCCACCGUCUGGAAAUUUCCGACCAGAUUAUUCUCAGUUCAUGAACUCGAACGCUUUCCAAGCUAUAAAUCAAUCUGGAUUUUCUCAUGGCAAAUACAAGAAUUUAAUUUAUCGCGGAUGUCAAAUUCCUUCUGCACAUCUCAAUCAUUCUAACAACAAUGAUCACAGCCAUCUUACAUCUUUUCAAUUCGGUGGAUCAAAUCAUCAUGCUGCAGCUUUUAUGUCGCAACCUGAACAAUUUAUUAGAAAUCCAGCUGCUGCCAUUCUCUCGACACUUCUUCCAACUACACUCGGAGCUUUGUCAUUGCCAGCUCAAAAUGUUUGUGCUAAAUGCAAUAUCAGCUUUAGAAUGACAAGUGAUCUCGUCUAUCACAUGCGAUCACAUCAUAAAAAUGAAAACGUUCACGAUCCUAAUCGACGGAAACGUGAAGAGAAAUUGAAAUGUCCAGUUUGUUCAGAAUCAUUUCGUGAACGUCAUCAUCUGACAAGACACAUGACAGCACAUCAAGAUAAAGAAGGCGAUUUGUUAGAACAUGAAAUUGCAGAAUUUCAUUCGCGACGGAAAUGA